CCGCCGCCGUGUGCGCCGCGCUGCUCAGCCCCGGCCUCGCCUUCAGCUCCCACUUCGACCCCGACGGCACCCCGCUCAGCGAGCUCUCCUGGUCCUCCUCGCUGGCCGUCGUGGCCGUCUCCUUCUCCGGCCUCUUCACCUUCAUCUUCCUCAUGCUGGCCUGCCUGUGCUGCAAGAAGGGCGACAUCGGCUUCAAGGAGUUUGACAACGCCGACGGGGACGACUACGGCGGCGACUUCUCGGCGCAGGGCUCGCCGGCCGCGCAGCAUGGCCCCGAGGUCUACGUGCUGCCCCUCACCGAGGUCUCGCUGCCCAUGGCCAAGCAGCCGGGGCGCUCCGUGCAGCUCCUCAAGUCGGCGGACCUGGGCCGGCAGAGCCUGCUCUACCUCAAGGAGAUCGGGCACGGCUGGUUCGGGAAGGUGUUCCUGGGUGAGGUGAACUCGGGCAUCAGCAGCACACAGGUGGUGGUGAAGGAGCUGAAGGCGAGUGCCAGCGUGCAGGAGCAGAUGCAGUUCCUGGAGGAGGCGCAGCCCUACAGGGCUCUCCAGCACACCAACCUGCUGCAGUGCCUGGCCCAGUGCGCCGAGGUCACCCCGUACCUGCUGGUCAUGGAGUUCUGCCCACUGGGUGACCUCAAGGGAUACCUGCGGAGCUGCCGGGGCGCCGACUCGAUGGCGCCGGACCCGCUGACGCUGCAGCGCAUGGCGUGCGAGGUGGCGUGCGGCGUGCUGCACCUGCACAGGAACAACUACAUCCACAGCGACCUGGCCCUGCGCAACUGCCUGCUCACUGCUGACCUCACCGUGAAGAUCGGCGACUACGGGCUCUCGCACUGCAAGUACAAAGACGACUACUUCGUGACGGCCGACCAGCUGUGGGUGCCGCUGCGCUGGAUUGCUCCCGAGCUCAUUGACGAGGUGCACGGCAACCUGCUCAUCGUCGACCAAACCAAAUCCAGCAACGUCUGGUCCCUGGGUGUCACCAUCUGGGAGCUCUUUGAGCUGGGUAACCAGCCCUACGACCACUACUCGGACCGGCAAGUGCUUGCCUAUGCCAUCAAGGAGCAGCAGCUCAAGCUGCCCAAGCCCCAGCUGAAGCUGUCGCUGUCGGAGCGCUGGUACGAGGUGAUGCAGUUCUGCUGGCUGCAGCCCGAGCAGCGCCCCACCGCUGAGGAGGUCCACCUGCUGCUCUCCUACCUCUGCGCCAAGGGGGCCACGGAGGCCGAGGAGGAGUUCGAGAAGCGCUGGAACUCCAUGAAACCCAACGGCGGCGGCUCCGGCGGCGGCCACCCCGGCGCCGAGCUCUCCUCCUUCCCGCUGCUGGAGCAGUUCGCGGCCGACGGCUUCGCGGCCGACGGCGACGACGUCCUCACCGUCAUGGAGACCAGCCAGGGCCUCAACUUCGAGUACAAGUGGGAGCACCCCAAGAGCGAGCCGCUGCAGGCGCCGCUGGGCGCGCUGAGCCCCGGCAGCGCCGCGCGCUACCACGAGCUCUACUACCCGGCGGCGGCCGCGGGCCGCCUGGGCCUCUCGCCGCCGUGCUACGCGUGCGAGCGGGCGGAGCGGCCGCCGGAGCAGAGCUUCCCCGCGGCGCCCGCCGCCGGCAGUGGCUUCGGUGGCUUCUCCAGCGGCUUCCCGGAGCGCGCGGAGGCGGCGCCCGCCCUCAAGUCGCUGCAGAAGCAGGUGGGCACGCCGGACUCGUUGGAGUCGCUCGACAUCCCCUCCACCGGCAGCUCCUGCGAGGGCUUCAGCCCCACGGGCUGCGCCGCCCCCGGGCAGCCGCGCGCCCUCGACAGCGGCUACGACACCGAGAACAACGAGUCGCCCGAGUUCGUCCUCAAGGAGCCCCACGAGCCCCGCGAGCCCGAGGGCUUCGUGCCGGGCGGCCAGGGCGCCGGGCCGGACGCAGGGACGCGGCUGCCCACGGCGCCCGGCGCCAAGAGCCCGUGCCGCGACUCGGCCUAUUUCUCUGACUGCGACGCCGAGGCCGAGCGCAGCCCUGAGGACAGCGCUGGUGGCCCUGGCCCUGGCCGGGUGGAAGAGCCGCCGGCGCCUCCCCCGGGGCCACCGUGGAGGGUGGCGGGGGACAAGGUCGAGCCGGCUCCGGGCCUCUCCCCGAGCCCCACCGAGGACGUGUGUCCCUCCAAGACCUUCUUCCCAUCCCUGGUGGCCACCGGCAUCGAGGACAAGGUGGCCCCUGGUCCGGACGCGUCCCAUGGUGUCUGCGGACUGGAGGGAAGCCCGGACGGGGCUGAGCAGACUGUGUCCCCCGUGCCGGGCGCUGGGCACUGCGAGGAGCCCGAGGAGGAGGAGGAGGACACGGAGGACAGCGACGAGUCGGACGAGGAGCUGCGCUGCUACAACGUGCAGGAGCAGAGCGAGGAGAGCGAGGAGGAGCCGGCGGCCGUGCCCAUCGUGGUGGCCGAGAGCCACAGCGCCCGCAACCUGCGGAGCCUCCUCAAGAUGCCCAGCCUGCUCUCGGACUCCUUCUGCGAGGACCUGGAGCGCAAGAAGAAGGCCGUGUCCUUCUUCGACGACGUCACCAUCUACCUCUUUGACCAGGAAAGCCCCACGCGGGAGCUGGGGGAGCAGAGCUUCCCGGACGGCCCCGGGCAGCCCCCGGGCGGCCCCGGCAGCCCUGCGGAGAGGGUGAGCACCGCGAACGGCUCCGUGGACGGCAGCGUCUCCGAAGAGAGUGGCGGCUUCGAGUGGGAUGACGACUUCCCGCUGGCGCCGGGGAAGCCGUCGCUGAUGUCCUCGCUGGCGGGGACGCCGGCCGAGCCCGCCCCGGCCGUGCCCGCGCUGCUGCCCGCCCAGAAGCAGGGGCUGCCGCUCCAGCUCUCCCGCUUCACCGUCUCGCCGGCGCCCGUCUCCCGCUUCUCCAUCACCCACGUCUCCGACUCGGACAUGGACUCCAUGGGAGGCAGCAGCGAGGACGGCGACAGGGAAUGAGGCACUGCCUGUUCACCAGGGAUUUCCCUUGGCAGCGGCACCUGCCGGGGCCGCAGGGGUCGGACGGACGGACGGACGGAUGGACAGAGGCCGGGAGCGGGGCCUGGCCCGCUGGACUCCUGGGACUGGGCUCUAUUUUUUUAAGGCAGAUUUUAUGGGACGGAGUUCGUGUGCUGCUAGUUGGAGCUGGCCCGGUGGCCCGGGGCGAGGCGG